GUGUCUCCCUUCCGGUGUGAGGCAUCAUGGCGCUGCCGUUGGUUGGCCUGUGCGCGUGGUGUCGGAGAGCGCUCGUGAGUCGAACGGCGAACCGUUUAACUGUCGUCAGGGGCAGCGCGCGCUGUCCAGCAGCAGCAGCGGCGGCGAGGGAUGGCCGCAGUAAAAGCAAAUGGAUGGGAGUUGUGGGAUUGGAAGUCCAUGCUCAGUUAUGUUCCAACUCCAAAUUAUUCUCUGGGUCCCGGGUGCAAUUUUCAGCACCUCCAAAUGCAUUAGUUUCAUUUUUAGAUGCUUCACUUCCGGGGACAUUACCUGUUCUUAACAAACACUGUGUCGAAGCAGCUGUGAUGACUGGUUUAGCCCUAAACUGUACCAUUAAUAAGAAAUCCAUGUUUGACAGAAAGCACUAUUUCUACGCUGACUUGCCGGUUGGCUAUCAGAUUACGCAGCAGAGAUGUCCAAUUGCCAUUAAUGGAAAUCUUGCAUAUAGUCUUUAUGUUGGGAGAAACAGAAACCAUAUGAUUCCUAAAUUGGUGAGAAUCCAACAAAUCCAACUGGAGCAGGAUAGUGGCAGAAGUCUUCAUGAUGAUGCAAGAACUCAAACAUUGAUUGAUUUAAAUAGGGCUGGGAUUGGUUUGAUGGAGAUUGUUAUGGAGCCAGAUAUGUGUUGUGGUGAUGAAGCAGCAGCAGCAGUUCGGGAACUCCAACUUAUCCUACAAACACUUGGUACAUGUCAUGGAAAUAUGGCAGAGGGACAGUUAAGAGUCGAUGCCAACGUUUCUGUGCAUCAACGUGACAGGCCAUAUGGUGUGAGGGCAGAAGUGAAGAAUAUUAACAGUCCCCGAUUUUUGGCAAGAGCAAUUGAUUAUGAAAUUCAAAGACAGAUUGACAUCUUGGAGAAUGGAGGAAAAAUAUUAAAUGAGACCAGAGCGUUUGAUUAUAAAACCGGGCAGACCGUAUCUAUGAGAGACAAAGAGGGAAAACAAGACUAUAGAUUCAUGCCAGAACCAAAUUUGCCUCCACUCGCUAUAUAUGACAAUGAAACCCUGUCUUCUAAUGUGAAUCCUCAACAAGUGGUGAAUAUUGACCAUAUUCGUGAGCUGCUACCUGAGCUACCUGAUGCUAAAAGAAAAAGACUGGUGGAAAAGUAUGGUAUUCUUGCUGAACACAGCUUCACAUUAGUGAAUGAAGAUGGGCUUGUACAAUUUUUUGAAACUGUUCUAGAACAGACUGAAGCUAAUCCAAAGAAAGUGAUUGGUUGGAUCCUUAACGAUUUCCUAGCACUCUUGAAGCAGAAUAAUCUCAGUGUAAACCAAAGCCCCAUUACCCCUCCUGCUUUGGCAGAGCUGCUUACCCUCUUAGAAAAAGGAUUUAUAUCUUCAUCUGCAGCAAAGCAAGUAUUUGUUGAACUAUGGAAAGGAGAAGGGAAGUCUGCAGUCCAGAUAGUUGAACAAAAGGAACUGGGGCUGAUUCAAGACCACAGGAAACUAGAACAGAUCUGUCAGCGUGUUAUCGAAGAUCAUCCUUCAGAGGUUUCUGAAAUACAACAAGGAAAUUGGAAAGUGUUAAAUAAGCUUAUUGGCCAGGUUCAGAGAGCAACACAUGGCCGGGCUGCUCCUACUGUGGUGAAAUUUAUUUUGGAAAAGAAACUGUCCUGAAAGAAUGGAAAUCAAGGCAAAGUAGAACUGUUUUAAUUCAACCAUUACAGGAAACCAAUCAGUAUUGAAAUUGAAUUUUUGCCUUAAUCUGGUAGAAUAACUUUGAUAGAAUUUUGAGACAUUUUAUUGUCCACAGGAGUCUGCUGUUUGAGUCUUCAUUUUCUAAAAAGUGUUUAUUCAUAUUAAAAUGUAUUCUACUGGUUGCCUACAGCACUUACAUAAUUCUGUCUCAGUAAAAUGAACAUUAAAGAAUUACUUAGAUUGCAAGUGAUCUAUCUGAAUUGUGAAAUGAUCAUGUAAAGUACAACUUAUACUAAAUGUAAUUGAUUGAAACCAUGAUCCAACAGGAUAAUUCAGUAACAACUUAAACAUGUAUGAACAAUGGCUGUCAUUUUGUGUUCUUUACUGAUCAAAUUUAUAUGCAGUAGAUUGAGUUGACUGUCAACUUCUGUUCAGAUAUGGGUCUGUGAUUUCUGUAUUGAAAACAUGUAUAAGCUGUGUUAUACUGCAUAUAUAUUGUAGAUGGUGACAAUGCUGUUAUGGAGCAUCAUUCCGUCACAAACCUAAAACUUUAUGUCGAUGUAUGCUAUUUUCAGUAAUUUCUAUUUAUGAACUUUAAUUGGUUGAGUUUGAUUUGCAAAUUGACACUCCUUUUGUCAUAUGAAUGUUCAAUAUCCAUUAAACAUUGACUCAUAGAAUUGCAAUUAAUGGAAACUGCAACUUCUUCUGGCAAUAGAUUGCAGUGGAAUGAUAGAAAUGCUGUUACCUAUUAAAAAAUAAAUUAUUCAAGUA